CGUGAAGGUUUAAUGAUUAAUCCUCUAAAACAGUUCAUGGCGAUGUUCGCUUAAUAUCACAGAGUUGUACUUGGAAGGACAUUUAGUUCAGGAUAAUUUAAGGAUAUUAACUUGUGAUACAUAUAGUGUAUCAGGCACUUCAUAAAUGAGCAAUCAUGCAAAUACCCACAGGGAAGCAGUUGCGCAAAAUGCAGGAAAAGGACAAAAAACUAGAAGUUCGGAAGCGAAACAGAAAAAUUCAAUAUGGCGACCACAUACCAAGAUCUGAGUAUAAUGAAGUCGUCAGGAGAAACAAUAACCGUUGUAGCAAUAGAUUGUCGCGAGAGAUGCAGUAUUAUGAAAAAGCACAAAAAGUGAUUUUAAAAGACCUUGGCAAGGAAAGCCAACUACUUCACGCACGAAUGUCCUCCACCUUGGCCACUCCUCGUCUGGAGACGUUGGAAGGAAGUUCAGGUCUACGCAUGUCCAAUCCAUUCGCAGUUUUCGGAUCUCCAGUCAUCCCAUUUCUGAAGAUGGACCAUCCAAGGCGCCAGCAGUUAAAACCGUUACAAAAACCGCUACAUUCUACCAAAUCACGAGAUUCUUUCCUGACGCCAAGAACGUCUUUGACUUCUACUACACUUAAAAUGACCGUGGGGAACAACGAAGAUAAUUAUGAUAGAUGGAGCCGAGUUAGUUCUCAAUCUCCACGGAAGUUAGAUUUAUCUAGUCCCGUCAAAGUGACCAGUCCUUAUAAAAUCCUGCUCUCGGAUUCUCAGUCGGAAAGUUUCGGUCGACUGAUGAUGCGGAACGAUACCGAAUUAUCUCUGUCUAGAAGUACGUCACAACGAGAGGGACGGCGAAGUAUUGCAGAGGGCAUCCGCAGUAACAGUCGGCUGAAUUCCGGACGGAGUAGCCAUGUUAGUUUUAUAGAUAUCUUGAAAGAGGCGGAGGAAAGAAAAGCAAAAGAAAAAGAAACGAUCGCAGUCAUCAAAGAAGAUGACACGAAACCAUUAUCGAGUUCCAAGAUGCGACCUAAGACUCCUGACCCAAUGUCCAAUUACGAUGAUCCAAAAUCGGAACAGAAUGGCGAGAAACUUGUUCCUAAGGUUACUCAUAUGAGUGCAACUCCAAAAGCAACAUUUGUAAAUGUUCCCACCUGACAAUUUUAAUGAUUUAUUCUGUUAUUAAAUAUCUAAUUUGUUGAAAAUAAUACAUUUUCAUGUACAUUAUCUCUCCAAAGAGGUUGUGAUAUUAUAGUUGAUUCUAAAAAAAGUUGUUAUAGUGAAGUUAUUGUUUAAUCCGUUCAUGCAUAUAUUCUGUUUAUCAUUGAUAAAUAAUAGAUUAUCAAACAAUAAAGAAUUUGAGUUUGAAACAAAUACACUGAGUAAAAA